AUGGUCCGCAACAAGACGAUUGUCGCGAAACGGUCAGGAGACAAUUCAACGUCCCAACCAAUGUCCAAGAAAAGAAAAGUUCAGCAACCGCAACAACCGUCAAAAACGGAUGAAGUUGAGACACUGAGAAGCGAACUGAAACAACUCGAAGAUGAACGUCGAAAGAUGGAAGAAUACUUUGCAAAAGAAGUGCGACGAUUGAAGCGAGAAACAAUUCGCCAUGAAAAGGAUGCUGAUCACCACGAAGAACAAUUGCAGAUUACUUUACGAGAUGUUGAAGCAGAAAUAAGAGAAAUGAAGAAGGAGAAUGAAAGAAUGAAACUAGAAGAGAAGGAACAUGAGAGUUUUAUGAAGUUGGUAGAAAAGGCUCGAGAAACGGAUAUCGCUGAUAAAGAAGAUGUGUUGCAAAACGAGGAGAAGAUUUCACAGAUUUACGCUGAAAGAAUAAAUGACCUCAAGCAGAAAAUGAAAAGCACGGAUUUGACGACAGAGGCUGAUGAAAUCGUUGCAGAGAUUGUAUGCGAGAGAUGCCAGAAGGGUUUCAAGAAUGUUGCUAAAGAUGAGAAAUCGCCAAAGAUCCUGCCUUGUGGACAUACAGCGUGCAUGGCCUGCAUCAAGGAACUCUGUGUUGAUGGACACAUUCGAUGUCCGUUUGAUAGGUUAUUCAUGAAACUCGACGGAUUUCCUCUCCCAACUAAUUUUGCGGCCUUAUAA